AUGGACUACAAAAACUCCAUCCCUCAUCAUAUUAAGAAGUUAUUGAGGUUUGAGCUGGUCACCAUCCAGUCCUACAUCUGGAUUAAUCAUGGCACAAACAGUCACUUUGACUUCAAUAGUAAGGAUGCAGAGACAUUUGCAGAAGGGAUAAUCUACCCUAAGAUCAAGAUGGACAAUAUUGAAUGCAUCUUAAAGAGCUUUAUGGAUAGCAUCCAAAAUGGCCUAACUUUAACAGCUUUAGGAACUAUAAAGCUCUAUAAAGAGCUCUAUGGCAACUUUGAUAAGGGCUAUAACUUGGGGUUUUAUUGGAAAAGUUUUCACGGUCAAGGCCCCCUAGCGAGGGGGCCGAGGAACGAGGCCUCCGCUGCAUGCUGCCUGCCUUCUCUGAAGAUAGGGCCCAGACCCCUAGGCAAUAAGGAGCUGGCACAACGACAGCUUUCGCUUAUUGCCCUGCACUUUGUUGCAUGCUUGCAUAGCCCCGAUAGUGCAAAGACAAACAUUCACCAAGUCUUGUGA